AUGUCGAGGAACGAACAAGGAGAUAAUCAAGGUAACCUAGAACCUCGAGGUUCUAGGGAUUCGUCUUUUCUCUCCCAACCACCUUCUGACGCGUACUUGGACGACCCAUGGGUUGGAGGGGAUGAUCAAGGGAGAAGGUUAGAGGAAGAAGAUGGGGGGUCGACGGGUGGAAGAAAUUGUCCUCUAGUAGCGGCUAAGGUAGCUCUAGGAAAGAUGAAUCCUCCGGAGAUGUGGAAGAGUUCAAGGAGUAGGGGAACAGGAGGAAAUGCAGUGGCUGUGAGGGAGCCAAGGCAGAUGAAUGCGGUCGCGGGAGAAGAUGUGGAUGAGGGAAAAGGCCUGGACCCGAAAGAGCUGACAGUAGCAGAACCAUGUGUAUACGAAGACGGACAUUUCAUUACGAUACCCAUCACUAAUACGAGACAACCGAAAACAAAAAUCAACGUAAAAGGGGCCCAGGUGGUUGCCUUAUGGGAUUCAGGAGCGACUAGUUCAUAUAUAAACCCAAAAACAGUGGAGGAGUUAGGAUUGGAAGUUAUGAGAUACCCAGAGGAAGUACCUGUACGUAUGUUCGAUGGUUCAGAAAGUAUCGGAGGCCCCAUCACGAAGUUCGUUGAAACAGGGAUUCGCGUGUCAGAUGAGGACGAAGUUCGUGUGAUUCGCUUGGAUGUCACGAAGUUGUGUGAUGUGGAUGUGGUGAUAGGGUGGGAAUGGAUGAAGAAGGCGGGAGUGGUCCUGGAUGUUAGGAGAGAGGUAAUAAAGAUCCCGGGUAGACAGAGAAGAGAGGAGAGGAAAUUAGGAGCAGUUUUUGGAUUCAAGGAAGGAGAAGUUUUAGGGCCUAGAGACUCGGCGUUGGAAGACGAACUUAGUGAGGAAGAACAAGAAGAACUGUUGGAGGAUUUGCUUGGGGAAGGGGUUAUAGUCUACAUCGACGACAUUCUGAUUUAUGCUAAGACUAAGGAUGAACUUAGAAGAUGUACGAUAAAGGUAUUUCAAAGACUUAGGGAAGCUAAAUUAUUUGUGAAGGCGGCUAAGUAUGCUUUGUCAAGACGACCGGACUAUCAUCCCGGGAUAAAAGGAAUAACGACGGAACAAGAGGAGAACUUCGUCCAAGGGCUGCCGAAGUUCGACUCGGAAGAUGUUACUGAAUCAAGCCUGGGACACAUGCUCCGGGCUUUGCAAGGGACGAAAGAAGUUAGGGAGGAAGAUCGGAUCGAAGGCGAGGACAUUGUCAAAGGAUACGAAGUUGAUGACGAGAUAAACGAAGUUCGGGAAGGGAUGUUAGCAGUCAUCUGCGAUGAGAGCCAAGGCAAGUUGAAGAAUUUCGACGACGAUCGCGACAUGGGAUGUUCGUGA